UUGCAUAAUCGAAUAAAAUGUCCCACGAAAAUUUUCAAAAAUGGCUCGACGAAGUGAUGUCGAAGAUCAUCAAGAAUUUUGAGUUGGACGUUGACAGUACUCGGUACAAGUUAUUAGAAUCUAUCAGCAUUUUUAUUACAUCCAUCGUGUAUCGUAUACAUUUGCAAUUUGAAAAUAAGACAAAUAAACAGAAUGAGGAAUUGUUUAUAAUACUAAAAAGAUUCAAGCCGAAUCUUUUCCAGAUAUAUCGUACUGAUCUUCAAUUUCAUAAUGAGAUCUUGUUUUAUCAAAAGUACACCCGACCGGAUGAAAUCUAUGCUAAAUGCUUCUAUGUCGAAGAACGGCCACCUCUCGAUUAUGUAAUUGCUUUAGAAAAUGUUAACACACGAGGAUAUUACGCUUGUUCAUGUGUACACAAUCCUCCAGUGGAAUACACAUUAGCAGCAAUGCGCGAGUUAGGACGAUUUCAUGGCAAAGGAUAUGUCAUGAAACAGAUGCAGCCGGAAAAGUUCUUCGACAUCGUGGAACAAAUUCAAGAAAUUAGAUACACAAAUAAAUUUACAGAUAAUAUCUUCAAAUUUUGUUCCAACAUUAAUACAUUACGAGCGAUCGAAUAUCUUCGCAGUCAGAACUAUGAUGCAAUUUUCUGUGAUAAGAUGGAAGCUUAUCUGUCGAAUGCAUUUGACAAAGUGAUGAUAAAGACGAUACAACCGCUUGAACCUUUGGCCACGUUGUGUCAUGGUGAUUUUACAUUAAGCAAUAUGCUCUUCAAGACAGAAGACAAUGGACAACUUCACUCAAUGCUAAUUGAUUUCGCGCUUAUUAAAUACUCGAUGCCCGCCAUCGAUCUUUCUACAUAUCUUUACAUAUGUUGUACAAAUGAAAUGAGGAAAAACAAAUUUUCCGAGUUCAUGCAAGCCUACCACGACGCACUAAAGGAUUAUCUAUUGGACGCUGGUAUUCAAGACAUUGAGAAAUACUCGUAUGACGCUUUGUUGGACGAUUUUAGGAGGGGUGCUCUCUUCGGUUUCGUUAUUAUGUGCAGCUUUAUACCGAUAUUACUAGGGCAUCUCAAUUCAGAAUUAAUGAUACAAGAGAUAAUAAAUUUGGGUCCUUUGGAAAGUGUAAAAAAACAGAAAUACAUGGGCGGAGACGAAGUAUCCAAAAUGCUAGCUGAAGCGUUACUGCAUCUGAAAGAUCUUGGCUGCCUGGAACAUGUUUUGUAGUUUGCGCGAGAUAAUUCGGACGCACGAAAUGUAGGAUGUGUUCCAUUUGUAGAAAUUAUUUCAUUCUUGUUGUUUAUCAAAUGUUAAACAAGGACAAAAUGAUGUUUAUAAGCGCUGUGAAACAUCAAAUGGAACGCACCCAUAAUCUAUAUCGAUUAACAGCGCAUUAACCUAUGGGCUUUUUUGGGGUUUGAGCCCUAGGGUACCGAAAUGUUAGGGGCGCCACAAUUUAAAAAAUAAAUGUAAACCGAAGAUUAAGCAACAUUAUUUUAUAUAUGUAACACAACGUUAUUUUCAUGUCAGCAAUCAUAUAAAACUAAAUGUAUUAAAAAAGUAAAACUUAGUUCAAGUGAUUUUCAAUAGUCUUCCUAUCACGUCCACAUUGUUGAACUCAGGUUAUUUCAAAAAGAUGCCAAGAAUAGAAACAUCGAAGUAAUCAUUUUCUGUAUCAAUACUGUUUCUUUUUUCCAAAUUAAUU